AUGUUUCAUAUCAGUCAUAUCAUAGAGUAUGGAAAUCGUGACAUAAAGGAAAUUCCUCAGCCUUGCCAGAGUAAGGAGAAUCGGCAUUCCAGCGGCGAUUCCGACACCAGGGGGGCCACGAUAAAUGACAAGCACGACAUGGGUUCCAAUGACCCACUAUCAGGCAGCACAGCCCCCAGACCUCGUGAUUACUAG